AUGCUCUCCUGGCGCUGGUCACUUCUUCUGGCCGGCGAGGUCGUUGCAGUGCAGCCGCCGACUGUGCCACCUUACGCUUUCCGCUGCCAGAGCGCGUUUUAUAGCACGGCAGUCCCGGUUGAGUCGCCAAAGACAUGGAGCUGCGAGGGCGCAAGAGUGCACCCCAUCUCCUUCGCGAUCCCAGCUGAGGACGUCGUUCCCUGCGUUCCAGAAAAGUUUACCGACUUUGCCUCGCUCCGUCCGGGCGUCAAGGACACAUACAUCUUCCCGAUGACCUCAUUCGGAGAGAUGGAGUACAAGAGGAUGUAUCGCGAGGCCCGAUUCGCCGUCAAGGUACGGCGCAAAGGAUGGGAGACCAUGAGGAUCUACGAAAUCCUCGCCUCGGGCUCCCUGCCGUACAUCGAGAACGUGGACCAAAUUCCCCCGACUGCGCUCGUCUUCGUGAACAAGACGCUCCUGAAGGCAGCGCACACGCUGGGGGCGCGGAAAGAUGGCGUCUGGCCUGGCUAUGCCACACUGGCCGCGGAGCUCCUGCGACACACGCAGCAGCAUCUCACGACAGAGGCCUUGGCUCGAUACAUCCUGUCAGCUUCGCGGCGGAGCACUGCUUCGAAGGUACUCUACAUCUCCCAUUGCCUCCAUGGAGAUUACCAGUGCUACGUGUCUCUCCAUGGCUUGCGCAAAGUGCUGGGCUCGGGCUUAGUUGACAUCCCCCGCUUGGACUACAUGUACGAGCCGCGCGUGGCUGCCAUGCGGCAGAUCAAGCGGACGAUGCUCUGCCCACAGACGUCCUGCACCGUCGUGAGCGGUGGGCGCGGGGAGACCGGCAAAGCCACCUUCGACAUGGCUGGCGAAGGCAUGCCCGUUGCGCUCUACGGCGGUGGUUUCAGCUACGCCUACCGUCUCCCGGAGCUGCCCAUCAAUCGCUCUCUGUCUGCCUUGAGGCGAAGCCUUGCAGCGCACGAGUUCGACGCUGUGAUUUUCCCCAACACAGAGGUUGCGGAGGGGCAAGGGCCACGAGAGGUAAGGCAGCUGGUGCAACUGGUGCAGCGGCACUACGACCCAAAGGAGAUCAUUGUGCUGGAUGGUCGUGACCCGGACCCCGACGGGCGCCUUCAUGCAGGCGUGGCAGAGCUUGCCGCGCAAGGCUUCGUCUAUUUCCUGCGGGAACCGCCCAGCUUCUGCAAAGCUGCAUAG